CGCGAAGACAGAGUGAACUGAGGAGAUGGAGGACAGCGGAGUGUCGUGGGACGGCGAGCCCGUCUCAGGUCCCGGCCCGGGAGGCGGCGGAAUGAUCCGCGAGCUGUGCCGGGGUUUCGGGCGCUACCGCCGCUACCUAGGACGGCUGAGACAGAACCUGCGCGAAACCCAGAACUUCUUCCGCGACAUCAAAUGCUCCCACGAACAUAGUUGUCCCUCCUCCCCCACGGGCGGCGGCGGGGCCGAGCCCGGUCCUGCCAGCGAUGUCGCCGAAACCGGGCAGCAGCCGGGCCAGCUGAGCUGCAUUUCCUUUCCACCCAAGGAAGAGAAGUACCUCCAGCAGAUUGUGGACUGCCCCCCCUGCAUCUUGAUCCUCGGCCAGGAUUGUAAUGUCAAGUGUCAGCUGUUGAAUCUGCUGUUGGGGGUGCAGGUACUUCCUACCACCAAGCUGGGCAGUGAGGAGAGAUGUAAGCUUCGGCGCCUCCACUUCACCUAUGGGACUCAGACUCGGAUCAGCCUGGCCCUCCCUGGCCAGUAUGAACUAGUGCACACUCUGGUUGCUCACCAGGGCAAUUGGAAGACCAUCCCCGAGGAGGACCUCGAGGUCCAAGAGGACAGUAAGGAUGCUGCCCAUGUUUUAGCCGAACUAGAGGUAACAAUGCACCAUGCUCUCUUACAGGAAGUGGACAUUGUGGUAGCACCGUGCCAAGGCCUCCGGCCCACAGUGGAUGUUCUGGGUGACUUGGCAAAUGAUUUCUUGCCUGUGAUAACCUAUGCGCUUCACAAAGAUGAACUUUCAGAGAGGGAUGAGCAAGAGCUUGAGGAAAUCCGAAAGUAUUUCUCCUUCCCCGUGUUCUUUUUCAAAGUGCCAAAGCUGGGCUCUGAGAUCAUCGACUCCUCCAUCAAAAGAACGGACAGUGAAAGAUCACCACUUUAUCGCCAGCUCGUUGACCUGGGCUAUCUGAGCAGCAGUCAGUGUAACUGUGGGGCCCUGGGCCAGGGCACUAGAGCUCAGAGCAUGUUGGUGGAGCACAGUGAGAAGCUGAGACGCUUGAGCACAUUCUGUCACCAGGUUCUACAGACUCGCCUGGUGGAUGCGGCCAAGGCCCUGAACCUGGUGCACAGCCGCUGCCUUGACAUCUUUAUUAACCAGGCUUUCGACAUGCAGCGGGACCUUCAGAUCACUCCCAAACGUCUGGAAUAUACUCGGAAAAAGGAGAAUGAGUUAUAUGAGUCACUGAUGAACAUUGCCAAUCGAAAGCAGGAGGAAAUGAAGGAUAUGAUUGUGGAAACACUUAACACCAUGACGGAGGAACUUCUGGAUGAUGCUGCUAACAUGGAGUUCAAAGAUGUCAUUAUCCCUGAGAAUGGGGAAGCAGUGGGCACCAGAGAGAUCAAAUGCUGCAUCCGACAGAUCCAGGAGCUCAUCAUAUCCCGCCUUAAUCAGGCAGUGGCCAACAAGCUGAUCAGCUCAGUGGAUUACCUACGGGAGAGUUUUGUGGGAACCCUGGAGCGGUGUCUGCAGAGCCUGGAGAAGUCUCAGGAUGUCUCAAUUCACAUCACCAGUAAUUAUCUCAAACAGAUCUUAAAUGCCGCCUAUCAUGUUGAAGUCACAUUUCAUUCAGGGUCCACGGUAACAAGGAUGCUAUGGGAACAAAUCAAGCAGAUCAUCCAGCGCAUCACAUGGGUGAGCCCACCUGCCAUCAGUCCCGAGUGGAAGAGGAAGGUGGCCCAAGAAGCCAUCGAGAGCCUCAGUGCCUCCAAGUUGGCUAAGAGCAUUUGUAGCCAAUUCCGGACGCGGCUCAAUAGUUCUCAUGAAGCCUUUGCAGCCUCCUUGCGGCAGCUGGAAGCUGGCCACUCAGGUCGACUGGAGAAAACAGAAGACCUGUGGCUAAAGGUUCGGAAGGAUCAUGCCCCCCGCCUGGCCCGCCUUUCUCUGGAGAGCCGUUCUUUACAGGAUGUCUUACUACAUCGUAAACCUAAACUGGGACAGGAACUAGGCCGGGGCCAGUAUGGAGUGGUGUACCUUUGUGACAACUGGGGAGGACACUUCCCUUGUGCCCUCAAGUCCGUUGUUCCUCCAGAUGAGAAGCACUGGAAUGACCUGGCUCUGGAAUUUCACUACAUGAGGUCUUUGCCAAAGCAUGAGCGCCUGGUGGAUCUCCACGGUUCUGUCAUCGAUUACAGCUAUGGCGGCGGCUCCAGCAUUGCUGUGCUGCUCAUCAUGGAGCGGCUACACCGGGACCUCUACACGGGCCUGAAGGCUGGGCUAGCCCUGGAGACCCGUUUGCAGGUAGCACUCGAUGUGGUGGAGGGAAUCCGCUUCCUGCACAGCCAGGGACUUGUUCACCGUGACAUCAAACUGAAGAAUGUAUUGCUAGACAAGCAGAACCAUGCCAAGAUAACUGACUUAGGAUUCUGCAAGCCGGAGGCUAUGAUGUCAGGCAGCAUUGUGGGCACCCCAAUCCAUAUGGCCCCUGAGCUUUUCACAGGAAAGUAUGACAAUUCUGUAGACGUCUACGCUUUUGGGAUUCUUUUCUGGUAUAUCUGCUCAGGCUCUGUCAGGCUCCCUGAGGCAUUUGAAAGGUGUGCCAGCAAAGACCACCUCUGGAACAACGUGCGGAGAGGAGCCCGCCCAGAACGGCUUCCUGUGUUUGAUGAGGAGUGCUGGCAAUUGAUGGAAGCCUGUUGGGAUGGUGACCCUUCUCAGAGGCCUCUUUUGGGCAUCGUCCAGCCCAUGCUCCAGGGCAUCAUGGACCGGCUAUGCAAGUCAGACUCUGAGCGGCCUAACCGAGGGUUAGAUGAUUCCACUUGAAAACAAGCAAGAGACCUUUCUCUCUUCUCCGUUUCUUCCCUUUCCCUCUACCUACUGGCCUUGGGAAGAAGUUGACAUUUAUUUAGUACAGGGAGCUCUCAAGAGAAUUGGUGCUUGCUGGGCAACUUGAGAUCCUCCCAAGCAAAGAUUACUCUUGUAUAGGGAAGCAUUAGAUGGCUGGGCAUAUUUGCCAUGUCCCAAACUGUUCCUUUAGCUAAAAAAAUUUUUAGGUCAUGAAAAGUUGUUUAGAAGCUGAAAAUUGGU